AUGCCUGGCAUGUUAGAUGGUGACCAAGCGAACAUGUCUUUGUUGUUCUGGAGGAAGGUUGUAAGCUCCACAUUCUCUUCUAGGCUUAGGCGCGAGCUGAUCCGUGCUUUUCUUUCUGGCUUAUCAAGAUCAAUGGACUUGGGAGAUAACAGUGGCCUGUUUAAUCUUUAUCUUCUUUUCCUUGUUGGUCAGUCUAGAUUCCUCGGAGUGAGUCAGGAUCGUGUUAAUCUUUAUGACCUUCUGUGGGGGCUCCUUGACGGCAUCGCUACCCUCAAUUUGCUGGAUGGCUUUCUUCGCCACGAACUUAAUGCAGGGGCCUUCUCUUACGAUCUUUUCGAGGUGUAUCUUCCGAGAUCGGCAAUUGGCUGUGUCAUGCCCAUGUGUUCCAUGGAAGGCACAAUACUUGUUGGUACUUCUCUUGUUAGGAAUUCUCUUCAAAGGUGGUGGUCUCUUCAACCAGGGAUUUGCUGGAUGGCUUUCUUCGCCAUUAACUCAGUGCAGGGGCCUUUUCUUACGAUCUUUUCGAGGUGCAUCUUCCGAGAUCGGCAAUUGGCUGUGUCAUGCCCAUGUGUUCCAUGGAAGGCACAAUACUUGUUGGUACUUCUCUUGUCAGGAACUCUCUUCAAAGGUGGUGGUCUCUUCAACCAGGGCUUAUCCUUCACUUAG